AUGUACGGAGUGGUGGCUGACGCUGAGAAAAAAGAAGCCUCCCAAGCGCCAUCAGAAACAGCCACGCAAAGCAUGCGGCUGUUUUCGAUGCCGGUCGAAAAAAAAGACAUGCAGGCACGCGUUAUAGAGUAUCUGUCCGAGCACGGGUACUACAAAGCCUUCCAUAUGUUCCAAAAAGAAACAGGAAUAGAGUACACGGCCGCGCCUCUUUUGAAGGAAAGGGACCAAAUCAAAUCAUUUUUAUUGGAUGGAAAAAUCAAACAGGCAAUAUCAUUGAUAGAGCAGGUUAUUCCGUGCCUGUUUGCAGACAGGCCAGACAUUCUGUUUUUGAUGCUCCGGUCGGACAUUCUCGAGGGGCUGCACGUGAGAAGCGACACGGAGGAGAAGGCUUUGUCCAGAAUAGAAAGCGAGCUUUCGCCGAUUGUGCUGGAAAACCCAGAGAGUAUGGAGGAGCUGGAGGCCCUUGUGGCCUCUGUUAUAUUUUCGCAGCCUGCAGCACAAAGCAUAGUGCAGCAGAGGCGCGCCUCUUUUCAGAAAGUAAACCAGGCGAUUCUCCUGCAUGUAGACUAUGUAAUGAGGUUCACCAUAGAAGAGAUGCUUGCAGACUUUGCCUCUAUUCUCAGACAGCCAAAACUGGCAUACAUGUACAAAAACAGCGCGCUUCUUCAAAACAUCGCAAAGGAAGCUGGCGUCUCUGGCCCGGCCGAAUAA